AUGUAUCAAAUCAGUGUUUUUAUCCUCUCAGAUAAGUCUGGUAGCAAUCCGUUCCACUCUGAAGCAAAGAUAAUGCAUGACAUAUUUCGUGGGAAAUUUAGUGGGAGGGCACUCUGUGGCGCCCUUAUUUGUGGAUGCUCUAUCUUUCUUUUUCUCUUAAGAGACAUGGCUGAACUGCUUUCUGGCGUCAAGAUUCAACUAAAAGAUGGUAGUCAAGUGGAUGCAGGAGAUUAUCUCAAGGGGAAGAUGGUUGGUCUCUAUUUUUCCGCUAGCUGGUGUCCUCCUUGUCGUGCUUUCACUCCCAAAUUGAAGAGAUUCUAUGAAGCGGUCAAGGAAACACAUCCAGAAUUCGAGAUCGUACUAGUCUCUCGUGACAAGGAAGCUGACGAACUUUUUGAAUAUUACGAUGAACAUAUGGGUGAUUGGACUUUCAUUCCGUUUGGGGAUCCGAAGAUCGAGGAAUUAUUGGAGAAGUAUGAAGCUAGGACAAUUCCUGGCAUGAGGGUUAUCAAACCGGACGGUACCGUUGUGGUGAAAGAUGCGCGCCAAGAAAUCCAGGAGAAGGCGACUGAGGAUCCCGAAGCACUCUUUGAGGAAUGGGAGGCAUUUUAUAUGUAA